GUUUUAUUUGUCAAGUGUCAAUUGAAGGACUUUAUUUAUUUUAUUCACAUAAAAAAAACUUGUUUUAGGUUUGUUAUAAGCCAUUAUAGAUAAUUCCACUAAAAAAAUCAUAAGUAAAUUAAUUUUCUUCUACUUGUUUUAUAAAAAUAAUAAUAAAUAAUCGAAUUCAAAAAAAGUGGCUGAAUCGCUUUAAUAGUAGAGGCCAACAUUCGAAUACACAAAAGUUAAGUGUUGCCAAAAAGAAGAAUUAGGUUAAGUUAACGAGAAUUUCGUAAAUUUAAAUUUGUUUAUUUCGAAUUUAAUUAAUUAACUAAUGGAACCUCCGCAAAUAAAAAAACUAGACGUAGCUGUUAUAAAUCGAAUAGCUGCCGGUGAAGUAAUACAACGACCGGCGAACGCCUUAAAAGAAUUAAUCGAGAAUAGCUUAGACGCGAAAUCUACGAACAUUCAAGUAACCGUCAAAAACGGUGGACUGAAAUUGCUCCAGAUCCACGAUAAUGGCACCGGAAUCAGAAAAGAAGACUUCGAAAUCGUAUGCGAAAGAUUCACCACCUCCAAACUUAGAGAGUUCGAAGACUUGCACAAAAUCUCGACCUAUGGUUUUCGAGGCGAAGCUCUAGCCAGUAUUUCUCAUGUUGCCCAUUUAACCAUUACGUCGAAGACCAAGCAAGACCUAUGCGCCUACCAAGCCAGAUUUGUGGAUAGUACAUUGCAAGGCGCGCCUAAACCAAUGGCCGGAAACCAAGGAACUAUCAUCACUGUCGAGGACUUGUUUUACAACAUGAACGUGAGGAAAAAAGCUUUAAGAUCGCCGGGUGAAGAGUACCAGAAAAUCUCCGAUGUUGUGAGCAAAUACGCCAUUCACAACGCGCAUGUAGGUUUCGCAUUAAAAAAAUGCAACGAAAACAACGACAUAAGAACCCCGCAAGGUUCCACGCAAGUGGAAAAUAUACAAAUUAUUUACGGGAACACGAUAGCUCGAGAACUUGUAGAAUUUUCAUCAGAAAAUGAACGAUUUCAAUUCACCGCCAAAGGAUACAUAUCGAACGUAAAUUACUCAUCAAAAAAAUUCAAUUUUCUCCUCUUUAUUAACCACAGAUUAGUCGAUUGUCAGAGUUUGAAGAAAUGUAUCGAUCAAGUUUAUUCUACUUAUUUACCGAAAAACACCCAUCCGUUUGUGUAUUUGAGCUUGGAAUUGGACCCUAACAACAUAGAUAUAAACGUACAUCCCACGAAGCACGAGGUGCAUUUUUUAAACCAAGAACAAAUCAUAGAGAGCAUCGUCACCGACAUGGAAAACAAACUACUGAGCAGCAGCAGUUCGAGAACAUUUUACGCACAGGCGAAGCUUCCCAAAAUACUCAACGUAGAGGUUCCCGAAUCGAAAGAUAGAACCAAUGCAUCGAGUAAACCUACGCACGCCUACAACAUGGUGAGAACGGACGCCAAAGAGCAGAAAUUGGAGAAAUUUUUCGGAGAUGCGUUUAAGAAAAAAUGUACCGAACCCGCUCAGAAACUGGACGAAUCGAUCAACGAAGAAGAACUUCGACAAAGCGAAGACCUUUUUCUCAACAGAGCAGAGAAUUUGGAGGAUUUUAUUAAUUUGAAUCGAACAACUAACGAACCAGACAAGGUUGUAGAAGAACCUAUGGAAGUGGUUGAAUGUAUCGAAACCGAUACCAAGCAAUCCGGUACAAUAAAAGCAAAUACAGCGAAAAGUAAACCUGCCAAUGGUCCUAUAAACGAAUCGUUCCUUAAAAAAAUAACAAAGCACGACACGAAGCUCACGAGCGUCCUCCAGCUGCGCAAGGAGAUCGAGGGAAACUGCCACAGGGUGUUGAGAGAAACCUUCGCCCAGCACGUGUUCGUGGGGCCCGUCGAUCCCGCGCGAGCCCUAAUCCAAUACGGCACCAAGAUGUUCCUCUGCGACACCAAAGCCAUCCUGACCGAGCUCUUCUACCAAUUUAUCAUGUACAAUUUCCAAAAUUUCGACACCUAUUCGUUCUCGAAUCCCGUCCCGUUGCAGGAACUGGCGCUCGUCUGCCUCGAUAUGCCGGAAACCGGAUGGACUCCCGAGGAUGGGGAUAAAGCCGAGCUCUCGGCGCGCAUAAAAGACAUCCUAACGGAAAAAGGGCCGAUGCUAGAGGAUUAUUUUUCGGUGAAAAUCGAUCGAGAAGGGAAUAUCCUCAGCUUGCCUAUCAUACUAGAAAAUUACCUGCCCGAUCCGGCUGGUCUGUGCACGUACAUCGUUCGAUUGGCUACGGAAGUUAAUUGGGAGGUUGAGAAGGAAUGUUUUCGAACGUUCGCCGAAGAAACUGCGAAAUUUUACGCGAAAAUUCCGGAAGAGGUUAAUCAAAACGGGAAAGAAUGGCAAUGGGUGACCGAGCACGUUCUCUAUCCCGCUAUAAAAGAGUAUUUCAUCCCGCCGAAAUCGUUUAUGGAGAAUUGCGCUGUGUUAGAGAUAGCCGAUUUGUAUAAUUUGUAUAAAGUUUUCGAACGAUGUUGAUUAUUAAGUAUUAAAAAAGAAUUGUUGUAUUUUGAAUUUAAAUUUAUUAACUUACUCAAAUUCCUAUUUUAUUUACUUUCUCAGAAAGCAAAGCGUUAACUGAAAAUAAAAUUGUGUUAAUUUUUGUACUGUAUUCAGUAAAAUAUAACUUACUCUUUUUAGUGUUUCUAAUCGAUUUUUCCAAUUCUUCUAUCUUGUUCUGAGCCAUAAAAAGUUCGUGUUUUAAUUUAGCUUGAGUUUCUGAAUUGUAAGCUGCUUUAUAUUCGUCGUACUCCCUUUGAAGUUGGUAAUUUUUGGUUUUUGCUUCUUCGAUUGCCUGAUUUUUUGCAACUAAAGAAGAUUGUAA